ACCACCGCCCUCCUCAGGGACCUUAGAGCUGGGACAGUAGUCUCGACUUCUGACUCCCGGAGGCCUUUGCGGCUGCCAAGAGAGACUACACCUCCCGGAGGCCUCUGCGGCCCGCGACCGGAAGCGGCGGGCGAGGCGGUUGUCCUUGUUCGCGGAGCCGAGCGACUAUGGUGGCCCGGGUGUUAUCGCUGAUGAGAUUCCUCAUCAAGGGCAGUGUGGCGGGGGGCUCCGUUUACCUGGUCUACGAUCACGAGCUGCUGGGGCCCAGCGAGAAGAGCCAGGCGGCCCUUCGGAAGGCGGAGGAGGUGGUGCCCCCUGCCAUGUACCAGUUCAGCCAGUACGUGUGCGAGCGGACGGGCCUGCAAAUGCCCCAGCUCCCACCUGCUCCAAAGCUUAAUGUUCCCAUCCGCGAUUACUGGAAUUCAGGUAUCAUCACGAUGAUGGCAGCUCUGUCGGCCGCCCCCUCCAAGGCCUGCGAGUACUCCAAGGAGGGCUGGAAAUACCUGAAGGAGCGUAUCAAGUAGCGUGACAGGAACAGGGGCAGGGACACCCCGGACCUGAAGGACUCCAGACUGAGGGACCCCCACUCCGAGGGCAGCUCGCGGCCUGGCAGGCCCAAUAAAGGACUUCAGAAGUG